UCUGUUCUCUUCUUAGUCUCUCAAAUUCCGAAGCCACCAUGUUCUCUCUUCAUAAGAUCCGCUUUCACGACUAUCAGAUCCACACAUGCGUCACCAACGACCCCUACAUUGUCACCCGCUGGAUCGGCGAUGUUGAGCACGCCCACCUACUCUGGUUGAACCGGCUCGUCAUCGGCCUCGACAUAGAAUGGCGCCCAAACCUUGAGCCCGGUGUCGUCCAUCCGGUCGCGACCCUGCAGCUGUGUGUCGGUCAUAGUUGCCUGAUCUUUCAAUUCCUCCAUGCAGAAAGUGUCCCGGCGUCGCUCCAUGCAUUUCUCGCCAAUCUCCGUUACACAUUUGUCGGCGUCGGCAUCAAGGACGACGCAACGAAGCUGCGCGACGACUACGGGCUCGUCGUGUCACGCAUGGUCGAUCUCCGGGCACUGGCGAUGGAGAGGUUUCGGAACCCAUCGUUUGGUCACAUGGGCCUGAAGAAGUUAGUCAAAGUCCUCCUCCGCAAAGAACUCGAGAAGCCCAAGGAGAUCACGUUGAGCCGGUGGGACGACGAGGCGUUGACGACUCGUCAAGUUGAGUACGCGUGCCUCGACGCUUAUGUCACGUUCGAGCUUGGAAUGGUUUUGCAAGCAUGGUUAGUGGGAAGAGCUCGCGUGGGUUGGUGUGCGAGGGCUGACUGCGUGCCCAACCCUAUUUUGUUUCGUCAAGUUCCCUCGUGA